UGUACAAAACUGUGGCUAUUAGACGCCGUUUUCGGCCGGUUAAUAUUAACAUUCCGCGUACCCGGUGCCAUUCUUGUUGUGAUAUCUACAAUAUACGUCCUUGAUUGUGCAUAGAUAGGUGUUAUCAGGCGAGCGCAACUAGUAAACAUGGUUGUUCUAACUAAACAAUGUUAAUCAGUCGUGUUGAUGCGGUGACAUUUGUCACGCGUAUAAUUUGCUCAAUGUGUGAGUCGCUGUGAUUGUUGAGAGACUGUAUACCUUCGUACGUAGAUAUGAGUAGCUAGUGUCGGGUGAGGGCCAGGAGUGAGCACUGUCGGUAUCAUGACGAGGUCCAGCUACCGGCCGCUGGUCCCGCGCUCCUCCAACAACUCAUUGGACAACAGGGAGUCUGGGACUACAGCGCCCCCUGGUGAGCCGCUGGUGCGAGCCCCGGUGGGCAAGCCGCGAUGUCCGCCGGCCAUCUCCAGACUACGAGUGGAGAAAGUUGAGGGCGGCUUGGCAGUGGCGGGCGUGGUCGUGGCCGCCAACUGCCAAAUCGUCCUGCCAAUCUUCGGCUUCCUUUUCAUGCUGGUUGGCUGCGUUCUAACUGCGGCGUCUUACCGCGGAUGCGGGGAGAACGAGGAACCAGACCACUAUGCGGCUCGGAUCGCGUUCACCGGGAACUCCCGCGUGCUGGGCCCCAUCUGCAUCGUCGCCGGCGGCGUCAUGACCAUUGCCGGUAUCGUGCUAUGUAUUUUAAUGAGAGCUGCUCAACGUCGACAAAGAAGAUUGGCUUUUCACUGUCCUAUCCACGGUGACUUCUAUCCCAUGAGCCCACAAAGUACAAGGAAAUACCCACGUAAUCCAGUCGGAGUAUGGCGCUGGAUGCUGCGGUGGCUGGGUAUGGCUGAGGAGAGUGAUUCACCUCGUUGCCCUCGUUCAGCGGAGCCCACCUCUCCUGCCCGCGCUGACGCGCCCUGCCCUCCGCCACUACCCUUCUUGGUUCCCUCUGACUCUGUUGUAGGGAUGGCGUCUGUUCUGGGUGCUCCGCUAAGUCCUGAACAAACUUUUGGUUCUAUAAAGUCUCUAGCAAUAUCGAGAGAAGUUGCAAGCUUUCCACUGUCUCGUUCCCCUACACCCCCUCCACUGAGUUGUCCUCCAUUUAAAGAAGAAAGGAUUAUAGAAGAAAAUAUACCUAAUGCCGUUGUAUCUCGCCCUGACUUUGAUUGCGGAUCUCCAACGUGCAAUUAUAAAGUAGUUGAGUGUAAGCUUACCACGAUGGAUGAAAUAGGCCGAGGCGUUUCUGUUCACGGCCACACACACACGACCAAAGACAAGAUCUCAGAAGAAAAACACAUAAGACCAUCCACAGUAUCUAUCACUAUUCCUGACGAAGGAAAAGGAUAAAUAAAAACUGAAUAUUGUAUAGUGUAGGUAUAACAAAAUAAGGCUAUGUUCAGAAAGAUCUACGUAGUAAUGUAAAUCAAAUUUGCUGUCAGUUAUAAAAAAGUUCUUAAUAUCGUAUCGAUUAUUAUUUUUAAUCUUAAAGAAAAUCUAAAAUAGUUAUGCGAUGUUUAAGUAAAUCAUUUUAAAUCUGUAGGUAUAUACUUCUUACUCUUAUUCUUAUCAGUACCUAAUUUAUCGAAUUUGUUCCAUAAAAUGAUAUAACCAUGAUCAGCUCAAAUAAUCACUCCUGUCUUCCGAGAGAGCUCAUCAAAUUGGAUAUUUUUCAAUUCUCUGACAUGGUUUGAUUAGCAUUUAUGCUCAUAAUGAGAAUGUGUUAUACAAAUAUUUUUGGCACGUAUUUAUGUAUUUAGGUAAUUUUAUCACAAUAAUGUAACUUUACUAUUUAUUUCAAAUAGCAAUACAUUUCGCCAAAUAGCGUGUAGUUAUGAAAUCAUACUCACUUACAGCAAAUAAAUAAGAUAAUGGAAUACCGAUAUGUUUAUGAGAGCAUAUUAAUGAAUGGUGUUGUGGCAAUUAUAAAUAGCGACACUGUAAAAUAAAUACCUAUGGCUAGAUUGGAGUAUUUUAAGGUUUUUCCUAUGUUUAUGGUGUGACUGUAAUAAUAAUGGGGUGAAACUAUGUAGGUAAGUUUAAAUUUAUUUUAAGCGGAGAGAGCUAAGUAGAAUGAAUGAAAAUUUAUUAUAAUUAUA